UUUGGAUAUAGAAGCCAUCCAGCUGCUGAUUAGGAGAUCUGCUGGAGAGAAAGUUGGAGCUCAGCGAUUCCCACACAGCCUGAGUAAGGAAAGGUGCAUUUGUCUCUCUGAUGAGGAGCACAGUGAGGCAUUAACAUUGUUUUCUAUUGUUCUCCGGAGUGGUUUGUCUCUUGAGGACAGCUGCACCUCUGGGUCUGAGCAAACCUUGAAACUGGACAGACAGCAAGGCGUCCUGAAAAGGAACAGCAUCCAAACCCGUCUACUGGCUCUAACCAAACUCAAUGAUGAACACAAGCUGGAAGCUUUGUCUGCUUUCUGCAAACAUUUAUGCAGGCGCUACCAGACUCUCCACACUCCUGGUCGCAGCCUGACUGUGAAGAAAUACAGACUUUCCUACCAGCACAGUCUUUGCUCCUUCCAUCUGGCCCUCCUCUAUGAUUCAAGCACUGGGUUCAUCUGUAACAUGUACCUGUACUCUCCAGAGCAUCUCCAGAAGCAGAGCAGCAGGCCUGUAGUUGAGCAGGUGGUCAGACGACUGGUCGAGCCUUUCUGCAGCCAAAGGAACAUUAUUCAGCUGGACAACUCUGCAGGGAUGGAGGAAAGACUCAAAACCAUUCUCUCUGGAUUGGAUGUUCAUAUCAACUUUGCUCCUUCAGGAAAAAUACUAACCAUCGUCCCCUCACCGUCCUCAUCUCCAUCUGAGGAUUCAAUGUCUGAACUCGUAGGCCACAUCAAGGGCUGGAAAGGACCUGCUUUGUUCUCUUUGUCAGACCUGAAAGAAUCUGUGCCAGAUACAUUCAUGCCGGGCGUUUGGGCCACCCUUCACAUGGUUUGCAUCAACACAUUCGUGCUCCACUCUCUGCAGAGCCGGGGCUCAGGCAGGAGCGUUCCUCUGACUGGGUUCACCAGGGCUCUGGCCUCGCAGCUAGCAGCCGAUAACAACAUGGCUGUCCCCGCUCUGCCUCAACUGAACAGCUGUUCCUACCAGGAAACAACCAACCUUUCUAAGCAAAGGUGGUCAAACAUAAACGGCUGCGUUCAGAUGACCGAGGAUAUGAAGUGCAGCUUAGGAAGGCAGCUGCAGAGCCAGCAGAGCAGACCAGGAGUGUGUGGGUUAGACAACUCUGGCAAUUCAUGCUACUUAAAUGCUGUUCUGCAGUGUCUUUGUUCAACUAUGCCCCUUGUAGAGCACCUUCUUAAUCAAGAUACACGCAAAGACCUGGGAAGGUGUAAAUGCAGGCUUGCACAGGUUUUUGUCCAGCUGCUGGAGAAGAUGUGGCUGGGGAGCAGCUCCAGCUGUGCCCCUGUUGAAACCAGGUCCAUGCUGGGCUCCAUCUUCCCCCAGUUUGAUAACUACACCCAGCAGGAUGCUCAGGAACUGCUGCUUCACCUUUUAAAUGGCCUCCAUGAAGAUCUGAAAAAGAUUCAUUUCUCGGGACAACAGCCAGGAGAAAAACAGAGCACCACCGAGUCCACUAUCAUCUCAGAUCUGUUUGAAGGGCAGCUAAGCUACCUGACCUACUUCAUGCAGUGUGGCCACCAGGCACACAAUGCCCAAAUCUUCACUGUACUUUCACUUCCAAUUCCCAAAAAAUCCAAGAAGUGCUCCAUUGAGGAUUGUUUAUCUCUGUUCUUUGAGGAGACCAUCCUGACUGCGGCCGAGCAGACGCUCUGCUCAGCCUGUGGGCUGAGAAGAGAAGCAGCAGUCCAAACCUGUUUAGACAAGCCCCCAGAGAUUCUCAUAUUGCACCUGAAACGGUUUGGCUGUAAGGGGAAGAGUCAGGUCAAACUGUCAGCCAAUGUUUCCUUCUCCAUGGAGCUGGAUAUUUCAGCGUUUCUAUCCAGCUCGGCACAGGAGGCGUCUCCGUACCAUCUGUAUGCUGUUGUGAACCACACAGGUCACCUGGACAUGGGUCACUACACAGCUGUCUGCUACAACUCGCUGCUGGGGAUGUGGCACUGCUUUGAUGACGCUCUCGUCAGGGAGGUGCAAGAGAAACUCGUACAGUCUCCAAAUGCUUAUGUUCUGUUCUACAUGCAUAAGCCAUUCUAUAAACCAAAGAUCCAGGGACUCUGA